GACUGGGCACUGGGCAGAAGCUGAGAGGAGGAUUAUGGGAGUAAAGGAUGACCUUCAGAUGGAGAGAGAACAAACUGUGAAAAACUUCAGGGUGGUUCUCCGCCUCUGCCCACCAGAACAGACAGACACAGCCGAGCCGCAAGCGACAGUCAGAGUUUCAGGGCUUAACACAGUCACUCUCCAAACUGGCAGGGGUCAUCAUGCUCAUGUUCUGGAGUUUGAUGCUGUUUGUGAUGAAGAAGCUUCUCUCAGAGAUGUGUACGAGUCAACAGCCCAGCCCUUGCUGGAGUAUUUAAUGAAGGGAUAUAAUGGGUGUGUAAUUGCAUACAGGCCCCCUAACAGCAGGGACCCCUGUGGCAGACUGAGGGGCAUCAUCAGCUGGGCUGCUGAUGACAUCUUCAGCUCUCCAGAGUACUCUCACUGUACUGUAGUCAGAGCAUCCUUCUACCACAUCUCCAAUGAGAAGAUCUAUGACCUGCUGGAGCCUCAGGUGAGCGAGGUGUGCCGUAUUCAUGACACAGAGGAAGCAGUGCUUCUGGAAGGGCUGAGAGAGGUGGAGGUGAGCUCCUCCCAGGAACUACUGCAUGUAUACUACAGUGGGACUGCCCACAGGAACACAGGUGUUUCGAAGGGUGAUUUUGCCAGCAAGUCUCACAUGGUGUUCAACAUCAUGAUCACAAACACAAAAGACCAGUCUGAUAACGAGGGACCUCUAACAUUUGGCAAGCUCACUCUGGUGGAUCUUGCGAGUUCAGCAAAAGCUGCAUACCGCAGUUCUGUAUCUCAGGAUGUAAGGAGGAGUUUCCAUGUGAUUCCAGAAAAUCCGCAGGAGGCCAAAACUCUCAAACGCUCUCUCACCAUCUUCAGAAACGUGAUCUUUUCUCUGAGUUCUGCAGGAUGUCAACAUGUUCCCUACAGAGAGUCUAAACUCACCCGCUCACUGAGAGACUGUCUAGGAGGAAACUGUUAUACGUGUCUGCUGGUAAAUGUGGCGACCCAGUCAUCCUCAGUCACUGAGACCACAAGCUGCCUUCAGUUUGCCGCCCAAGCCAUGAGAAUACAUUCACGGCCAAUACACACCUCGCAGACACACCACACACCUGCACAGGUGCAGAACAUGUGGCCAGCAGAAAGGAGCCCCCUUCCCCUGACCAGAACACAGACGCUGCCUCUGGUCAGUGCGGACAGACGAUUUCAGGCCUGCCUGCCUCCUAUCCUGGCAACAUCUGGGUCUCUAGCCAAGCCCAAACUCAAACAUAGAAGCAGCUUGGAAGGCUCAGAGAGCCACCCUUUUCUCCCAAAGCUGGAGAAACCAUCACCCACAGAGAUGAAUGGACACCAUGGCCAUGGAUCUCUGACCAUUGGACAGAAAAGCAGAGCUGUGGAUGUGUGUGUUCUGAAAGGUACUGUCCCGCUGUCCCACUGCCUCCCAACCUCUGUUCUGUCCUCAUCCUCACUGGGCACCUCACUUGCCCACUCUGCUGCCCCAGAGUGCCCCAACUGCAGACAGGAGCGAAAGAUCAGGGAGGAGUACGACAAGUUCAUAGUUCAGGUGAAGAAAGAUCGAGACAGCCUGAGCCAGAGAGUGACUGAGCUGGAGGAGGAGCUGAAGACACGAGGAGGAGAGGAGAGAGAGAACGUGAGAGAGGAGAGAGAGUGUGUGAGAGAGGAGAGAGAGAGUGUGAAGGAGGAGAGAGAGAGUGGCAGAGGGGGGAGAAAGAGCAGGAGAGAGGAUGGAAAGAGCAUAAAAGAGGAGAAAAGGAGAGUUAGAGACAAACAAAGCACAGGACAGGGAGGAGAAAGUGUAAGAAAAGAAAAGGAAAACAUUGGAGAGGGGAGAGAGAGCAGAACUGGAAAAAGAGAGGGGAGAGAAAGCAUUAAAGAAAGAAGAGAAAAGAGUGACAUAGUUGUAAUGGGGAGAGGGAUUAUGAAAGAGGGCAGAAAGACAGCAAUAGAGGAGAGCAAUUCUAAAGGCAAUUCUGAUUCUGAGUGUGAGAGAAAGGGAAUAGACAGAGAAGGAAAGGAGAGAGAGGGGGGUGAAGAAGAAAAAGCAGAAGACUGGAAUAGAGGAGGGCGACCAAAGGGGGAUGACUCAGGAAGAAAGGAAUCCUACACCCCACACAAAGAAAAGAGCGCAGAGGAGGUGGAGGCCCUAAAAGCCUAUCUGAGAGUGUGUAUUCAGCAGGAGAAAGCACUUGCAUACACACUCCAGUGUGAGAGGGACCACUUCACUCAGAAUGCCCUAGAACUCCAGGAAGAGCUGGAAAGAGAGAGGAACAUGAGUGCACAACGCAUCACCAGCCUCCAUUCACAAACGGAGCACCUUCUGUCGGAGCUGAACCGAGUGAGAGAGGAGUGUGAGGGACUGAGAGAGAGAGCUGCUCUGUCCAUCACUCAGCUGCAGAAAGAAAAGGCCGAGCUCAUCUCUCACAUCCACAACACCAAUACCUGCUAUGAAAAAGUAUGUUCAGAGAAUGCUGAGCUAAAGGCUAGACUGGAAGCUCUUCUGAAGGAUAACUCCAGGGCCUGCUUAGGGUGCCGCUGCAGCAUGGAUACACACACUCGCACUGACAGACAUACCUCUCACACACAAACAGACACACACUCUUCCUCCUCAAACACACACACUGUCACCACAAACGCAGAGAUGAUGCUCAUGUCACACUGUGUCUCCCAACAGUGUAGCACAAACCUUCCACAAGGCUAUAAGAGCUGCUUUAGUUUGUGUUCUGGCUUUCCUGAAUCUUCUUCUGACGGUGGAUUCGUAGACAGAUCGACUGAGCCAACCUUACACACCUGCCACUGUGACCCAGCACUGCACAAGCCCCAACUCUACAAACAGCUGCGGAGGGAGCACAGUCUGCUGCUGGACAUGAUGCUGGUGCUGUAUAAGAGGGAGUGGUUUCUGCAGGAUGCCAUGCCCUACGUCUGCCGUACACUCCGGAAGUGUGGCCUCUCACUCGAACACAUACACUGAGCCUCGCCAGGAUUAAGGAGGAGAAGAAUUGGACAUUUGAUAAUUGAUGUCAGAUCAUCUUGUAAAAUGUCUUGCAUAUCAUACUGUUAUCACACACAUAAAUACUAAUAAUAAAGGAAACUGUUGGUUGACAAUUU